AUGGGCAAGAAGGAAAAGAACGAGAAAGCCAAAGAACGAAGAGAAAAGAGAUUGCAAGAGAUACAGCUUUUAAGGUCCAUUCCUUAUUCAGAUGACCAAAGGUGGUGGUCGAAGGAAACGAUAGCUGUGGUUACCGGCGGAAACAGAGGAAUUGGGUUUGAGAUUUGCAGGCAACUUGCUUCUCAUGGAUUGACUGUUGUACUCACAUCAAGAGAUGCUAAUGCUGGUGCUGAAUCAGUUAAGGCUUUGCAAGAAGGUGGUUUGGACGUGGUUUACCAUCAACUUGACAUAGUCGACGAUUCAUCCAUCAACCAAUUCGUUGAGUGGUUGAAAGAAAGUUACGGUGGUUUAGAUAUUCUGGUAAACAAUGCUGGUGUUAAUUUCAAUCUUGGGUCUGAUAACUCUGUUGAAAAUGCUUACAAGGUUAUCAAAACAAAUUAUUAUGGCAUUAAAAAUUUGACUGAAGCCCUUAUUCCGUUGAUGAAACCAUCUGUUGUUGGUGCUCGAAUUGUAAAUACAAGCUCCCGUCUAGGUCGACUUAAUGGAAGACGAAAUAGAAUCAGCAAUGUAGAAUUGAGAGAACAACUGAGUGAUGUCGAGGUUCUUUCAGUGGAACUGAUUGACAGAACUCUAUCUGAAUUUUUACAACAAGUAGAAGAUGGAAGUUGGACAUCAGGUGGGUGGCCUCAAAUAUAUACUGAUUACUCACUGUCGAAACUUGCAGUUAAUGCUUAUACAAGGCUUAUGGCAAGGAAGCUUUCGGAGCGACCAGAAGGUCAAAAGAUUUAUAUUAACUGCUAUUGCCCGGGUUGGGUGAAGACGGCUCUCACAGGUUUUGCAGGGAACAAUACUGUUGAGGAAGGUGCUGAUACUGGAGUAUGGCUUGCCCUUCUGCAUGAUCAAACAGUUAUUGGACGUUUUUUUGCCGAGAGACGGGAAAUUAACUUCUAA